GCCGGCCCGAGACCUGCGCCGUUGGCCGCGGUCUUUGCCAGGCUCUUGGAAGCGCUCAGCGGGAGCUCGAGGCGUUCGCCGUGGCCAAGGCCUUCGCCAAGGGGUUGCCGUGAAGCGCUCGCCGCGGCCUUGGUCUUUGCGGCGGCCCCACGGCCCUCGUGAGAGCUUGAGUUGUUCGCCGCGGCCUCGAAGCGCUCGCCAUGGCCGUGGUCUUCGCCACGGCGCCAAGAGCCUCGGUGGGAACUUGAGGUGUUCGCCGUGGCCAAGGCCUUUGCUAAGGUCUUCGCCAUGGUCCUGAAGCGCUUGCCGUGGCCGUGGGCUUUGCCGUGGCCCCGAGGCCCUCAAUGGGAGCUUGAGGUGUUCACCGUGGCCAAGGCCUUCCGUAAUGUCUUUGCCACGGCCUUGAGGCGCUUGCCACGGGCAAGGUCUUCACCAUGACCCCAAGGUCCUCACCAGGAACCUGAGUUACUCACCGGGGUCUUGAGGUUCUCACCACGGCCAAGACCCUUGCCAAGGCCUGCAUCUUGGCCAAGGUCUUCACCAUGGCCUUGAGAUGCUCACCAUGGCCAAGGCCUUUGCCACGGCCCCUAGACCUGUCCUAUGGCCAAGGUCUGUGCCAUGGCCCUGAAGCCCUUGCUGGGAACCCGAAGUGCUCAGCAUGGCCGAGGCCUUCACCGUGCACCUGAGGCCUUGUGUUGCGGCCCUGGUGCUUUCACCACGGCUGUAGACCUUGCCAUGGUGCCGAGCUGCUUGCCGUCACCGAAGUCCUUGCUGUGGACCUGAGGUGCUGACCGUGGCAAGACCCUCGCCGUGGUGCUCACCGUAGCCCAGAGGCGAUGGCCGUGGCCCUGAAGUUGUUGCUGGGGCUCCUGCCGUGGCCCUGGGGUGCUUGCCGAGGCCACGUCCUGGAGGCACUCACCGUGCAACCAGAGGCGCUCCCCAUCGCUGCCCGAGGUGCUCCUCAGCACCCUCCGUGUGGCCCUGAGGCACCCGCCACAGCCCCGAAGCGCGUGCCGUGGCUGAGGCGCUCGCCGUGGCCCCGAGGUGCGUGCCGUGGCCCUCACCGCGGCCUCUGUCACGGUCCCAAUGCGUGCACCGUGACCACGACCCUCUCCGCGGCCCCCGUGGUAGCUGGCUGGGGGCCCCCGGGUGCCUCUGGUUGGAGAAGGCCGGGGGCCCUCGCCGUCACCCCGCACUGCCGCGACCCACCGCUGCCCUUUCCUUUUCUCCCCUCCCAGGUGCUCUCGAGCCGGGGCGAGGGGAUGAGGUGCCCCCCUGCCGCGUGGUGUGCCGAAGCGGCUCUUUAGAUCCUCCCCGGCCCAAGCCUCCCCUGCCAUGGAUGCCUCGGGGGCUCUUGCUUCGGCUCCCUCCUCCGCGGCUCCCUCGGGCUCCCGCAGCCCCAUGUUCCCCCCAGGAGCUGACAGAGAGGAGUGGGGACCGAGGUUCAAUUGUGCCCCUUCCACCUCUGCCGCAGCCUCGCAGGCGAUGCCAGCGUCUGGCCGGAAGAGGAAGGCCAACUUCUCCAAUGACGAGACUGAGACGCUGGUCUGGAAUGUGGUCCGGCAUUUCAGCGCCCUGUAUGGGUCUGAAGCCCUGCGGGCUCACCCCGUGCGGCGGAAGCAGCUCUGGACCCAAAUCCAAAGCCGCGUCAACUUCCUGGGCUACACCGAACGCUCCAUCGACGACCUCAAGCACAAGUGGCGCGACCUGCGGCUGGACGUCAAGAAAAAGAUCACCUCCAAGAAGCACCUGCCCAUGAACCGCGCCGGCGGGCCGCUCCACAAGCCGCGCCUCACGCCCCUGGAGAAGAUGGUGGCUUCCACCUUCUUGCAGGCCAGCCACGACUCGGAGCCCGAAAUCAUCUUGGACCCAGAUCUGUUCUUCCCCGGAGCAACCAAGCAGUCCUUCAUGCACCUGCAGCCCGGUGUCAGCCACCCCAGCAUCUACAUCGACACCAACGGGCAGCCCUCAUCCCUGCCGGACGUGGAGGGCUCCGCUGUGCCCCGGCUGGCGGUGCAGAGCCCCGACCCCUCCGUCAUCUGCGAGUACAGCCGAGGGGAAGGACAGAGCAGUUCGGCCGAGUCGGGACCGGAGCUGCGGACUCCAGACGUGUCAGCCAUUUCCCCGUCCCUGCGAAACGAGUCCCUCGUCUCCUACGCCUCCAUGUCAGAGGAGGAGGAACGGGAAGGCCGGGAGGUGGAGAGGGGCCACGGCGGGGCCGUGGGGAUGCAGUCUGGGCCCGAGGCCCCCAUGUCUGCGGAGGAAGACAUGAAACUGUCCCGCCAGGCCAUGCUGAUCCGCAGGUGCAGCUCCCAGGGCUCCGUCACCUCUCUGCCCGAGGACCCUCUCAACCCCGUGGACGCUCACUCGGACUGGGGCCACGAGGGGGUGUCCGACCUGCCCCCCCUGGGCCGCGGGCUCGACUCCUCGCACCCCGAGGAGCACGCGGGGGGCCCGGGCCCGGAGAUGGGCGCUUUGCCCAGGGUACUGAUGGGGCCCACCUGGGAGAAGCCAACGGUGGAGGAAGAACCCCCGGCCCGCUCCCCGCUGCACGGCGCCCUGACCGAGGAGUCGCUGCCCUCCUCUGCCUCCCCCCCGGGGGACGCCCCCGCCGCCCCCGGCCCACCCCGCGGCCUGGGCUGCUCCCGCCUGCGGGAAGACCGCCGGGAGAGCUGGAGGACUAACAUCCAUCACCUGCUGGACCUGGAGGAGCAGUGGGACCAGCUGUACCACCAGGAGCUGGCCAUGUGGCAGGAGGAGCGGGCCACCCAGCGCGAGGAGAGGGCCCGCGACCGCGAGCUCCAGUUUCGCUUGCUGGGCGUCCUGACGGACAUCCGCGACGAGCUGCGCUACCUGCGUCAGGAGAGGGCCAGCGCCCGGCAGAGCCAGGCGCCGCCGGCCGAGCCCCGGCCGGACCCCAGCCCGCUCCUCGAGCAGCCCAAAGCCGAGCCCAGCUUCCCCGAGCCGCAGGCCGGGAGCGCCAGCUGGGGAGAGACCGCCGUGCCCAGCCGAAGCCCCUUCGGGAACCGGGGCCGGGGCCGGCGUCGGGGCCGGCCGCGCGGCUCUGCCUCCAGACACAGACGGCUCUUCCUCACCAACAGCUAGGGACAGGCGGGGACGCUGUCCCGCGAAGGACACGGUGUGUGCCUGCGGCCCCCCCGGUGCCCGCGCGCGCGCGGGGCUCCGGCCACGCCGUGGGUGCCCGGCCACGGACAGAGGGGUGUGCGCAUGGGGGGAACGGUGUGCGUGGGUGUGCGUGGGAGCUGCCUGGGUCACGGGAGGCGUGCGCCAGCGCGCCGCGGUCGGCGCCUGCCCCGCCGGCACGCCCGGGCCCCCGCAAGCACGGGGAAGGCUACGAGGGGACGUGGGCGGCCGGCGCUGCGCACGCCUGCCGCGCGCUGGGCACACGCGCCCGCCCGGGGAGGGAGGUGGUGAUAACACACGCGUGUGUAAGGGCGUGCGAGCGCCCGGGAGGCCUGCCUGCGCCCGCGGCCGUGCCUCUGCCUGCGCGGGCAGCCCGGGGCAGGGCCCGCGAGCGUGGCCGGCCGGGCACGUGUGAGCGAGCGGGACACGCGGCGGGGAAGCGUGUGCGUGCGCAUGUGUCAGCGGGGCCGUGUGACAGCGCUAGUCGAGUAGGAUUACUACCUUCGGGGGGGUGGGGUGGGGGGGGUGGGAAGUUAGGAACACUUAGUCGCUGAUGUGCGAACAUUUUAUGCAAAUCAUUUAAUGACCUAAUUUGCAUAUAACCAUAAACUUCUGUUAAAAAAAAAAAAUCCCCAAAAAACAGAAA